AUGGUCAAGUUUGCUACAUUUGCUCUUAUAUUCAUCAUCGCAAUCGACUUCGGCUUUGCACUAUGCGAGGGAAAUUCUUGGAAUGUGAAAGAAACACCUUUUCCAAAGGUGAAGAGGGUAAACAAGACCUAUUCUUACCGAUCUGCCAGAGCAAACGGCAAUGUGACAAUUGCGAACCCCUAUGCUUGGCUGGAAAAGCCAUAUGACAGUGAUGAUGACGUAAAGCAGUUCACGAUCGAUCAACAAAAGUUGACCGAGCAAUAUAUGAACAAAUGCACAAAUGCAAAAUCAAUCACUCAAUCGAUUCGAAAUGCAUUUGAUUAUGAUGAUUAUUUUGACUGGACGUAUUAUGAUACUGCAAAGGAGCCUUUCUAUGUUUUCAGCCUUCAGCGAAUUGAUGAAAAUCGAAAGACAUACUAUAUCGCCUCAGCCAAACAAGUUGAAGCGGCAAAAAAGACAAAUUUCGCCACACCACCCGGUCAUCCAUUUUUCAAGGAAGACGGUUUAAGCGUGAAUGGAACAGCAAGCCUAUCCACCUUUGUGGUGUCCAAUAACGGAUACUUGAUAGCUUAUCUGGUAGUAGAGGAUGAAUCUGACGUCGGAACAUGGUACGUUCGUAAAACAAGCUCACCAUUAGUAAACCCAAAAACGAAGCCACCAGGAGGUGAAGGUCGUUUGCCUGAUACGAUUCUCUUAGGGGAUGGCGCUUUGAUCUGGAAGCCGGACGAUUCAGGUUUCUUCUACACACAAGUGAGCGAUCCAAAAGCGGGCACAAACAAGGAUAUUGGCUCUGUUGUUCGAUAUCAUCAAAUGGGAACACCAUACGAAAAAGACAUCACAAUCGUUCAUCCUGACUCGGAUGAAUCAAACAAUUAUUCUUUCGAUCUGAGUGAUAAUGGAGACUGGCUCGUUGUCAUGGCUUCUGGAGGCGAUGGAAAUACACGUGCUUAUGCUUCACUUUUGAAAGGUCAAACUUUGUCCGAUAAGAUGAAAUGGAUUUCAAUCGUUCCUACAAGCAACUAUGCAGUUUCAUCCGUCGCAAUUGUAGACAGAGAUUGGUACGUUCAAACGGAUCACGAUGCCCUCAAUGGAAAGGUUGCCAAGUAUACCUUGGAUUGGAAUUCAAUUACCCUGGUCGAUGUUAUCCCAAGUCGUGCACAUACCAAACUUAUUUUCUCAAUCAUCUUUGCUUCAAACAAAGUCUUGCUAUUCUACAUCGAAAAAGGAAAAUAUACCAUCUAUCUGCACGAAUUGAAGACGGGGAGAAAGAUUCAACAAGUCUUACCAAAUGAAACGUACACAUUGAAGCAGGCAUAUUACGCAUCUGCCAAGAGCACACAUAUCGUCAUGUCUUUGUGGGGCGCUACGUCACCAAAAAAGGUCUUGGAAGUCGAUUUUGACGGAUCAAGAGCAACAGACAAAAUGUUGCUCAUCAAAAGUAUCAAAGGCACAAAUGCGCAAGAUUACAUUACUGAAUCAUUAGAAGCAAUCAGUCGUGAUGGCACAAAGGUACCAUACUACAUCGUCUAUCAUAAAGAAACACAAAGGAAUGGUGAGAAUCCGACAUUGUUGCAUUUUUACGGCUCUUAUGGUCGUAUUGAGAAUUUGUUCUAUUAUCCACCUCAUUUCUCAUGGCUUCAUAGCUAUAGAGGAGUUCUAGUUUAUGCCGGACCACGCGGAGGUAGUGAUAAUGGCGAAGAAUGGCAUGAAGCUGGCGAACGAUUGAAAAAGCAAAAUACGUUUGACGAUAUCAUUGCAGUUGCACAAGAUUUGAUUAAACGAAAAAUAGCAGCAACCGGUGAAAUCAUUGCUGAUGGAAUCUCAGCUGGCGGUCUCGCUGCUGCGGUUGUCGCUCGUCAAGCUCCUGCGAAUACCUUUGGUGCCAUUUUAGCAGACGUUGCUGUAUUGGACUACUUUUUGCUUGCCCGUACGCGAGCAGGUCCAUUUCAAGUUGAAGAUUUUGGUGAUCCCUAUAAUGCAACAGAUUUUGACGUUAUCCGUUCUUGGAGUCCUUUACAGAACAUCGAUCCGAUUAAGCAAAAGGUCUUUCCUGCCAUCCUCGUCACGCCGGCCGAUUCGGAUAUCCGUGUGGUACCUGCUCAUAGCUUCAAAUGUAUUGCUCAAAUGCAAUUUAGCUAUCCGACAAGUCCAAAUCCAUUACUGAUGCAUUUGCAAAAAGAUGCAGGACACAAUGUGAUCGAUGCCAAUCAAGAUACUGCUAUCGCCAAAUAUUUCCAUCAGCAAUGCUUCGUUCAGCUUGCUUUGGGUUUGACGAAGAAAGACUGACAAUGAUCCCUUUCAGCCACCCCCCUUUAAUGACUUUUCGAUGCUAUCAAUUAACUAUUUCAUAAAAUACAGAUGUGUCAUUUAAUUUGCUUCUGCUACCACUCGCAUGCCUGGCUUAAUAAGAUCUGAGACAGUGGAUAUAGUGGCAGAAUGACGAAUGAGAUGCUGUCCAAACAGAAGUUUGCUCUUGUACGGUCCCGACUCCUUACAUCUACGAUGUUUCGCAACAGCGGACAUCACUUGAGGGGUUUUAUUGCCCGUGAGCGGAUCCAAAGCAAUCAUUUCACAUCUGCGGCACGGUCCGAUCACGGUG